CAACAAGAAAAGAAAAUGGAGGUCAGAACGUUGCAUUGACUGCAGGCUGAACAAAAUUAAUGCUAACAAGAGAACAAAUUGAAAAGAUGUACAACAUUUUAUCUUGCUUUACAAUUUUGAUACAUGGUUUAAGUUAAAACAACCACAUCAUUUACUAAUUCUUAAUUUCUCUGUGUAACUUGACCUGAUACUAAGCCUAUCAUGAUGAUAAAAUGAUCUUCUAAUCAUGGUUAUUUGAUUAAUUUUUUUGCACUCCAAAUUCCAAUCACAUUUUACUGUCCAAAUAAGGGAAUUUUAAGCGGAUAUGUAAAUGCUAUGAAUGACGCAUUUCUGUUUCUCAUUCGAUUGAACUCCGACCAUCUCACUGAAGGCUAAAGCUUGAGUAGACUUCAUUUUCCCAUGUUCCGGGUCGUCUCGCACACGGCCAAGCGCUCAGCCUUUCAAAGCAUUCGUGACUGUAAGCGAAUAUGAGCAUAUUUGACGUGUGAGCACUAUGACUGCUUUGUAAUACUCUCUUAGUAUGGUCAACAGCAGACGCAUGCGCUGACGAUGCACACAGAUAAGGACUGUAUGCAUGUCAACAAUAUCUGGUCCGCACAUGCAGACUGUGCUGAAAAUGACAUUUGCAUCACGCAUACUGUACUGUGCACAUUCCGUAUGCAUCUGCAGAGGUUUGCUUCAAACUCCUGCAGAAAUAUAAUUGAGGAUUUUGAUAGUGUACACAAAGCGUUUUGUUUUUAACUUUAACAAUCUUGUAAUGGCAAAUGUUCUUGGUCAUUGUGGGUUCAUACACGCAGUGUUAAUGACACGGCCUUUAAACGGUUAAAGCUAUUCCUUCAUACGAAAUAAGGGCUUGUGGGUUUAAUAGAAGAGCACACAAAUAACAUGUGAAAGUUAAGAAUUUAGGACAGAAAUAUUUAACUAUUGCAUACUUUAAUAAAAUGUAAUUUAACAGUUAUUCAGUUUGGCUGGGUUACAUAAACAACAGUGUCAAAUAAAAUUUGGCUAAGACUAAAAAGAGAGACUGAUAUUUGAAGUAUUUGGAAAUAUUUUGAUAUUUAAAAUAUUAUGUUUCAUGUAAUUCAUAGAUUUUUAAAGCCUUAAAGUCACAGUGAACUGUCUUGAUGAGUGCAGUUCUAUUUGGUGUUUUGGAGUAUUUCCUACUGAAACUGGAAGUGGGGGUGGGACAUGUCGAACGGCUUGUCCCUUUAAAAAAAAUGCCAAUAGGCUUUAGUUUACAGUCACAAACACACACAACCCUUUUCACCAUGCCAGAGCCGGUUACCGGUGAAACUGAGAACCGAUCUCAAUAUCAGCUUGCUUUUGCAGUGACGUGAGAACCGAAUGAUGAUCUAACUGACAACAUUAAUACAUAACCCGCCCACAAACGCACACAGCACAUCGCUGUCUUUGCUUACGAUGAGGCUGGAGCUGUUGUGCAAGUCCAGUGCAGAUGAAUGAGAAACAAGCGAGUGAAAGAUAACAAUAUUUCCAAGUUUUGAAUCACAAAACACUAAAUAUUAAGAAUAAAGAACACAUACUCGUACUGUACAUCCCAAGAUGCCUAUGAAAAUGCCUGCAAUAAAAAAAUAUGAAUACACUCCAGCCACUUUCUCCCCAUCCGACUUGUUUCAUCAGAAGUGAUCACCCCGGGAAACAUUCAGAAAAGUAUCUCUAAUAGAAGAGUUUCAGUCUUCAUUGUUGACAAGCCUGGAAGGUUGAUACAAACAGAUAUUCUGUUUCAAAAGUAGUGUCUCUCUGCUAUGGAGGAGAGUGUGAGCCCUGAGCUGGCUCAAGCCCCAGAGCCUGAGUCCAGCCAGGAUCCAGUGGAUACCAGCUCACAAGAACCAACAUCGGUCUUAGAAGAAGUCAAAGAUCAAAAAGACCCUGAUUAUGUUGGUGAAGAUAAAAUAGAGGACCCUGAAAAAUCCAAGCCCUCUCGUGAGUUUAAGAAGACUUGGGGCUUUCGUCGGACUACCAUAGCUAAGAGGGAAGUCCCAGCAGAGAUGGUAGCAGAGACCCCAGAGGGCAAAAGCGCCCCAGUGCGUCGCAGCGGUAGGCAGGCUAAGCGCACAGAUAAACUGGAAGAGUUUCUGGUCACUGUGAAGCGUGGAAGAGGAACGGGAAGAAGGAGUUGUCCCUCACGAUUUGAGGGAGGGGAUCCUCCAUCUCAGACCCCAACUGAUGCCGAAACAGCCUCCGAAGCCAGCUUUGAUGGAAAUGCAGAGGCCAAAACAGAGGAACAGAAAGUUGCCUCCCCAGGAAAAAGGAAAAGGGGCCGAGGAAGGACAAGGAGAGCGGUCAAGCGUAAAGCGGUUGGUGAUUCAGACAGUGAUGACGGCAGCUCUGAAAACGAAGAGGAAGCUGGAUGUGAAGUAACCAAAGAGUCUCAAGAACAUGUUGAGACUGGGGCCAGUGUUGAAGAUGGAAAGGAUGAGGAAUUAAAAGAUGAAGAACAAGUGAUGGAUGUGAAGAAAGAGGAAGAUGGGGAGGAGGAGGAGAAGUGUAAGAAGAGCAAAGAGAAGUCCCCAAACGAGUCCAUAAGUAGACGACCUUCCAGAGCAAUCAGUAAAGACUAUAAAAGAGACACUAAUCCCAAAGCUGAAGCAAAGCUCUGCAAAGAGGAGGAGGAGGAGGAUGAUGAUGAGUCGUCGUCAUCGUCCAGUGAGUCCGACAGCGACGGCUAUGACCCUAAUGCACUAUACUGCAUCUGCAGGCAGAAGCACAACAAAAGAUUCAUGAUCUGCUGCGAUCGUUGUGAGGAGUGGUUUCAUGGCGACUGUGUUGGCAUCACUGAGGCACGGGGCCGACUGAUGGAGAGAAAUGGAGAGGACUACGUCUGUCCUAAAUGCAACACACAGAAGGGGCAGAUUCCCAAGACCAAUGCGUCCACUGCAGAAGCAGAGAAUGGCAAACGGCCAGUAGCUGGCCCUCGUAAAACAGAGUCCAGUCCUGAUGCUGGCAGCACAUCAUCUACAUCAAGCACUGCUAUAGCUGCUACAGAGGAGAAAGCUGCUGGUGACCUGGGCAUAAAGGGCAGGAUCGAGAAGGCUACCAAUCCAAGUGGGAAAAAGAAAAUAAAGAUUUUCCAGCCGCAGGUGACUGCAGCCGAGGGGUCUUCUCUCCCAAAGUGCAUUGGCCCUGGAUGUGAGAGAGAUGCCCUCCCUGACACCGUCUACUGUGGGAAUGACUGCAUACUCAGACACGCCGCAGCCGCCAUGAAGACCAUUACCAUAGAUGGAAAAGACUCCAAACAGAAAGAAAGGGGCAAGCCUAAAAAGAACACUAAUAAAUCGCUGCAUAAGAGGGGUUCUGGCCCUAAAAGGAGAUCCUCUAACCAAGCUGACACUAAGGAAUCAGAGUCUCAGACAGAUGAGGAUGACGAUGAUGAAGACAAACAUGCUGAGGAGCAACCGCCUCCGCCAGCCAUGUCAUCCUGGUCCAGUGACCAUAAUUACAUUGCAGUAACGCCAGAAAAGACUACACCCUUAUCAGCAUCUGUGUUAAACAAAGCGUCAGCUAUCCAAAAAGACAAAGACAAGGAGGACAAUGAAGGAGUCAAACCAGAGAAGGAGACAACAUCUGCUGACAAGAAAUCUCCUGCUUCAAAUGUUGCUCCCAAAGGUGGGAAAAAGUCUCCUGCCUCAAAAGGCAUAAAAGGAGCUGCUGCCACCUCUACUCCUACCAAAGGCAAAACAAGUACAGCACCUUUGAGCAGUGCCAGAGACUUGAGGAAACGGCCCCCACCACAAUGCAAAUUGGGCAAAUCCAAGAAGCCAGGACCUCCACCACCACCACCAAUUCCUGUCUUAUCGCCAUCAGGCCCUCCAGGAUCUCGGCACCAUGCCUCUGGAGCUCUCAGAGUUGCCAAAAGCACCUUUACAAUCCCCAAAAAGCAGCCACAGACUGUGCCAAAGGAAUCUGCAGAGGCUGGUCCCUCUCCAAUUUCUAGAACCCCACCCUCACCAAUGUCAUCCAUUCCGUCCAUUCAACAUCCAGUGUCUAAACCAACCCAACCUCCACCCCCCUCUGCUCCACCACAGCCACCACCCAACAACCAGAUGAGAUCCAACAUCAGACGGUCACUGACUGAUAUUCUGUACAAAAGGGUGAGUGACAGUGAUGAUCUAUCCAUGUCUGAGAAUGAAGUGGGAAAGCUGGCGAUCAGCAUUGAGAAGGAGAUGUUUAGUCUUUAUAUGAACACUGAUAACAAGUACAAGAACAAGUACAGGUCCCUUAUGUUCAACCUGAAGGACCCUAAAAACAAGGGCCUGUUCUAUCGUGUGGUUGGUAGUGAGAUCAGUCCUUUCAGGCUGGUAAGGUUGAGUCCAGAAGAACUUCUUUCCAAGGAGAUGUCAGAUUGGAGAAAGACUGAGAUCUCUGAGGGUCUGGAUAUAAGUGGGAGAUCCCAACCAGGACAGCCCAAAACUGGAUCCAGACAAGAAGGUGCACCCCCAGAUGUAGACAUGGAGGAAGCUCCUCCAAUGUCUGAUGGAGAUGUAUGUAUGCCUGCCACUUCCCAAUCUCCCUGCUUGGCUUCUGCUGCUGACCCCCAGGAGGACACACGUCCUACUUCUGUGCCACACACCUCUAUCUCCACUGGGAAGAGCAGUGCAAUGCCAGAUAUCUUCAGUAGUAUGCUUAAAGACACUACAGCAGAGCACAGGGCUCAUCUGUUUGACCUAAACUGCAAGAUCUGUACAGGUCAGAAGUCUGCUGAUGACGAACCACCGUCCAAAAAAAACAAAAUGUCUGUCUCUAAAAAGCCAGAGCCACCUGUUAAAUCUAAACUAGAGCCACGGUCUUCUAAAGUCCCUGCUGUAGAACCUUCCCAAAUGUCGUCUUAUUCUGGUGUUGAGACUGCUGUGCCUGAUACUAUGUCUGUGAUGGAAGAUCCAAGCAGUGUCUUGACAGUUGUCCAGGCCCCAGUCACUGCAGCUGUACCAGCAGUCUCCUCCGUUACAAUAACUCGAAGGGAUCCUCGUACUGCAGGUCACCGGUCAUCUCUGCCUGUGUCUCAGACUGUUCCUGAUAUUAGUGUUCCAACAAUGCCAGCCAGUAUCCCGGUUUCUGAGCCUGUGGUUGUUGAAACAAAGGGUCCAUUGCCUAUGCCCCCUCCUGCCCCAGCAUCGGUACCCAGACCUGUGAUGCAAAAACCGCCAUCUUCGCAAGAUGUGCGGCACUAUGGGUCCAAUACUGCCAGCAGUGCAUCAGAACCCCGUCCUGAGGGUGAAACAGCUUUGUUCUUGUCUGGUCAGGAAAUGAUGUGGAAAGGGUUGAUAAACAUGCACACUGUUGCCAAGUUCGUCACGAAAGCCUACAUGGUUUCUGGAUCAUUCGAGCAUAUUAAGGAGGACUUGCCUGACACCAUUCAUAUUGGUGGAAGAAUAUCGCCCCACACGGUGUGGGAUUAUGUGGGAAAGUUGAAGACUUCACUGUCAAAAGAACUCUGUCUCAUUCGUUUUCAUCCUGCGACUGAAGAGGAGGAGGUGGCGUAUGUGUCUCUGUUUUCUUAUUUCAGUAGCCGUAAGCGGUUUGGGGUAGUGGCUAACAGUAACAAGCGCAUUAAAGACCUCUACCUUAUCCCUCUGAGCUCAAAAGACCCACUGCCUGCAAAGCUCCUACCAUUUGAUGGACCAGGGCUGGAGCCAGCACGUCCCAAUCUCCUCUUGGGGUUGUUGAUUUGCCAGAAGGACAAGAAGCGUCCUGGAGCCCCUCUGGAGAAUGAGGAAAAACGUCCUAAAACUCUAAGGGAUGAUGAAACAGGCCUUCCAAAACCAUCCAUUGUUAGUAAAUUUGAAAUAAAACAGGACAAAGGUCUUCGAUCUAGUCUUGAUGCCAUAAGCACUACUCCCCCAGGCACCCCACCACCCCUCAAUGCCUCUGAGUCUUCAAGUUCUGUUGCAACUUCUGUGUUUUCCAUCCUCUCUAAUGUUAAAGCACCUGACAUCACCACUAGCACAGGCAAUAAUUCUCCAUCAUCCAAUGUCACAGCAGCACCUGCGGUCUCUUCCACACCACUUCAGACUAUCCUGAAAACACUUUUUGGUAAGAAGAAACAAGAUUCUGAUGUCUCGUUGUCACCUUCAGAUCAAAAUGCUGUAGAGGUCUCUGUGCCUUCUGUGUCUCUGCUAGACCCAAUUGUACAGCAGUUUGCAAUAAGCAAGGGUAAAGAGGUUGAAGUACAGGAUGAUAGACCAUAUGAUCCUGAGGAAGAAUAUGACCCAACUGUUGGCUAUGGUACAGAAAAAACCCCUGAUACAACAAAAGUAUCUGCAGCAAUUAAGCCAGCAGAGGUCUCCUCUAGUGUGGUGGAUGACAUUGCUUAUGACCCUGAGGAUGACUCUAUUUUUGAUGAUGUUAGGGUUGAUCCAGGUGCUAAGAAAUUAACUGAGCAGCAGAAAGUGCUUGAAGACAACAAACAAACUGAGGAACCGAAACGGCAGUUAGAGGGUCAUAAGGAACCAAUUAAUCAACAAAUACCAGAGACUUUGAUUUCUCAGCCUGUUACAUCUCUGCUGGCUAACAGUCAGUUGUUGCAGCUUGGUAAAAAGGUUGAGGAAUUAGUAGCAAAGAGCUCAGCUGCUCAAAUUAUUAACCAGAGAAGAGACCCAAGGCAGAGUAGGGAUCCUAGACAGGCAGCUGCAAACAGAAGACAGACGUCUGAUUCUAUAGAGAAAGAGGAGCAAUCUCCUGUUACUAUAGACACAUCUCUACAGCAAGCUGCAGUGAUAGAGACACCGUCAUCAGAAGCCUGCACAACCACAGACACACAAACAACACAGCUGGACAUUACUGUUGAUACGUCAGUAGAGCAACCUCCUACAACCACAGACAUGCCUCUUUCACAAGUCACUGCCAUUUUGGAUUCUCAACAAGUGCAGCCUGACAUCCUGCAACCAGAAUCAUCCAAGCCUGCGGAAGAGAGCAAAAGUGAAGUGGUGCCUUUCCUUAAUACAGAGAGCACUAUUACAGAGAGCACAGAGGUUUCUAUUCCAUUAUUAGGGGACAAGAUCGACCCAGAGUUAGUUGAAAGCUAUAUGGAAAACGAACCAGAGGAACCCAAAAUUGAAGAUGAUCCCAUUGAAUCUGAGAGUAAAAGUUUUGAGGAGGUUUGGCCUAAUUCUGCAAGUAUUUUAAAAGCUGAUCAAGGUUCAUCCAGUGGACAGCCUAUUAAGUCCACUGCAACCACAUAUUACAACAUUUCAACAAUCAGUACCUCAUCAUCUGCUUCUAUACACUCAGGGAUGCCACAAAAUGUCAUCCAUGACAACUCAUCUUACAUGGAUUCUCACAGUUCCCAUAUACAACACAUAACAACAACAAACCCACCAAACAUUCCACCUCCAAUGUCUUUUCCUCCCCCUAUUGGCCCUCCACCCAUUCUUGGUCCACCUCCAUUGCAAGGCCCACCACCAAUGACUGUUCCACCACCCAUGCAUCUCCCUCCUCCAAUGUCAGGGCCACCGCCAAUGCCAAUUCCCCCAAUGCAAGGUCCACCUCCACCCCUCAUAGAAAAUGAUCCCUCUAAGUAUCCACCAACCGGAUCAUAUCCGCCUUACCAGAAUCAGUGGGGGAGCGGUUCUCAAUAUGAUGCUCCAAGAGGUCCACCCCCUCCUAAUUUUGCACCAAGAGGACCACCUUCAUUCCAACCAAUGGGUCAGAGAUGUCCUCCUCCUCAGAUAUUUGAUAAUUCUAUGAAUUCAGUGCCCCCUCAGCAUAUCAGACCAAGAGGCCCACUACCAGGGCCUCCACCACAUGGGCCACCCCCUCCCAACUUUGAUGGACAAAGAUUUAAUGGACCUCCACCUCCUUUUAACUUCUCUGGACCUAGGGGCCCACCUCUGCCAUUCCCAGGCCCCCCUCCAAAUCACUUUGAUAAUAGAGCCCACCCACCAUCCCACUUCCCAGGACCAAGAGGACCACUUCCCCCUCAUAACAUUGGGGACCAUGGACAGCCAUCUAAUAUUUCAAGAGGACCUGGUGAUAAAUAUGAUGAUGCUGGAAGCUCAUAUCAUCAGGGAAUGGAUAAACCCCAAAUACCCUCACAAGGGCCUCCUUUUAGGGGACCAUCACCAAACCACUUUGAUGGAAGAAGAGGACCCCCUGGUCCUACAGGUGAUAUGUCAGGACAGCGAUUUCCACCUGCAAUCCAGUUUCGUGGUUCACCUCAACACAGAGGGUCAUUUGAGGAACCACGGGGGAGUUCAUCUCAAGACUUCGAAAGGCACUGUGGACCAUCAGUGCAGCAGUUCGGUGGGCCAAGGGGUCCUCCACCAGGACAUUUUGAUAAGGAAGCUGUCGGCCAGCCAGCACGAUAUAGCUAUAAUGAUGAUAACCCAAGUGAUGUUAGACCUGUUCGUGGGCCUCUGCUUCCAACACCUCCUGAUGGUCCCAUCCCAGUACAGGGUCGUGUAGGUGGACACAGUCCAGACACCCACCGUGAUGACCACUGGAGGCGGCACUCCCCUGAAAUGAGGCGGCGAAGCUGCUCCACUAGAGAUGGUUCAGAGCCUCACAACCGUCCAAGUAGGUUUGAUGGUGGGUCUCGUGACAGAGAUGGCCCUUCACGAUUGUCUGAAGAGAGGCAGCGUGAUUUGUCUGAAGAUAGGAGGAGGGAGAGAGAUCGAGAAGGUGCUCAUGGUGGAAGAUCAUGGGGCUGGAACAGGGAACAUGAAUGGGACAGAGGCAGAGAAAGGGAUCGUGAAAGAGACCGGAGCAGAGAAAGAGAGAGGGAGCGGGGUCGCAGCCGGGAAAGGGAAAAGGAGCAUAGCAGAGAGAGGGAUCGCAGUAGGGGCAGAGAAUCUGAGCGAUACAGAGAUGGAGAUGGAGACAAAAGGAGAGACCGGGAUGGAGAUGGAGACAAGAGGAGGGACCGGGAUGGAGAUGCAGAUAAGAGGAGAGACCGGGAUGGAGAUGGGGACAAGAGGAGGGACCGGGAUGGAGAUGGGGACAAGAGGAGGGACCGGGAUGGAGAUGGAGACAAGAGGAGGGACCGGGAUGGAGAUGGAGACAAGAGGAGGGACCGGGAUGGAGAUGCAGACAAGAAGAGAGACCGGGAUGGAGAAGGAGACAAGAGGAGAGACCGGGAUCGAGAUAGAGACCGAGGCAGGGAGAGAGAGCAGGACAGAAAAGACCAUGAUCGAGAUCGAGCCAAGAACAGAGACCGAGAAAGAGAUCGUGACCGAGAUCGUGACAGCAGGGACAGGAGAAGAGAACGCUCAAGGAGUCGUGAACGAGAACGUGGAAAAGACCGUGACAGAAGAGAUCGGGAUAAAGAUAGAGGAAAGGAGAAAGACAGAGACAGACGGGACAGGAGCAGGAGCAAAGAAAAAAAUAAUUACAAAAGAGAAAGAUCUGACAACUGGAGGGCAAAGUCUACAGAGUCUGAAACUGCAUCAUGAAGUUCAUUCAUCUUGGAAGGACAUUUUUCUGAAUGUUUUUUUUCUUCUAAAUUUGUGUGGAUUUGAAAGUUGCGCUUGAACCUCCCUUUUUGUACCUUUUUUUUUUGUUUUGUUUUUUUUUUUUUGAAUAUUUUAUCCUUUUUACAUUUAAAGUCAUUGAUGCUGAUAACAUCUAUAGGUGUACUCCUAGUGAUAAUUUUGUCAGCACAAAAUACUCUCUCCACGUACUGCUGUUUUAUAUAAAGAAAAAAAACCUAUGAAAAGAAAGUAACAGAAAAAAAAAACAAUACAUGUAAAUAUGUAUGUAUUUGUGUAUAUACCGGUACGUUUUAACGACUUUUGUUUUUUUCAAAAUAGAGAAAUUGAAAGCCAUAUAGCUUUAAAAUUAUAAGGAAAAGAAAGUUGUCCUCAGUAGAAGGUCUUUGUAUCGUUAAAGCUCAAAUAAAUCCUCUCUGUGAUUAUAAUGAA